AUGAGGGAGUGUACGUCUGGAGUGAAUCUUCACAGAGCUCUGGAUAUACUAAGUGGUAUUCAAGAGAACCAAAUUCAGGCAGCAGCAGCCACGAUUGUGUUUACAGUUAUCGGUCUCACGGGUGGGCAUGGCGCACCUAUCCUUGCAAUGCUCAUUGGUACUUUAUGUGCGAACUCGAGAAACCGUAACUAUAAAGCAGUGCGAUCGACUCGAACAUCUAAAAUCAAGACUUUCUGGAGUGGCCGGGCAGAACAUUGCAUCCCAUGCCCUAAACUCUGGGUAGCAUUCGACGGAGAUUGCUACCGACUGGUCACUGAAAAGUUGCCCUGGGUUGAAGCUGAAAAGUACUGUCGGGAAUUGUCCAACUCUGAUUGGUUUCCAUCGCACCUUGUGUCCAUCAACAGCUUAGAAGAACAGCAAUUUAUAGUGGAGCUUUUGAAAGCUUCUUAUCCAUUGGAAAAAUUGCCUUCUGUAAAGGCCUGGCUCGGAUACAACGAUAUGGAGAGGGAGACGCGCUUCGUGUGGAGUGCCAGCUCUGGUGCCAACUUCACGCGAUGGGCAAGAAAUCAGCCUGACAACGGAGGAGGGAAAGGCCAAGACUGUGUUGCUAUAAUACAAGAAAACAACUGGAAAUGGGAUGAUAUGACCUGCAGGUUCGGUCGUCAUUUUAUUUGUGAACUAAAAAUGCUGAAUGGUCGUCAGUAGGAAGAUCGUUUCUUGUAUCUGCGUUUGCCCUUUUGACAUGUGGCGAUCGAAAUAGGAGGCAGCAAAUCUUGGAGUGGGCCAAUUUGGGUAAAUUACAAAAACGUUCAUUGACAACAAAUAACACCCUCCUAUGUGUCCACCAUAUCUCAAAAAGGCUAAUGGAAUUAAAAGCAGAGUGAGUAUGGCUCCAUCGCUUAAAAAUAUAGCCGGCGUUAUGUUUAUGUGUGUCAACGUUUGAAAGUUGCAACUAAAACGGUAAAAUUAGCUCACGAUUGGUUAUUAUUUUUAAGGGGUUUUAAGGGUGUCUCGGAUAGCGAAAUAUUACUGCCAUAUAUCACUAAUCAGUCUGCACUCUUAAAAGUCCUGGGUCAGAUUCAACUCACAA